UCCAAAAGGGCACCAUGUCUAACUUCUACCUGUGUUUGCUGCUUGCUGGUCUCUGUGCGCUUGCCAGCUGUCAUCAUGUCCCCGGACACGAGGGUGACCACGAUGGGCACGAGCAUCAACACGAGGACCAACCCCCAGCUGAAAGCAAUGAAAAGAGCACCCACUUCCCCUGUUUCAAGGUAUCUCCAAGCAAUGGUGAUUUUGCUUUUAAAUUCUACCGCCAUUUAGCUUCCGAGUCUGCUGGCAAAAACAUUUUAUUUUCUCCAGUGAGCAUUUCCAUUGCCUUUAUGUUUAUGACCCUGGGAGCUAAAGGAAUCACGCUAGAUCAGAUUGUUUCAGGACUAUCCUUUAACCAGUCCGAGAUCAGCAUGAAGGAAAUAGAUGAUGGUUUCCGGCACCUCUUACAAUUACUGAACCGCCCCAGGGCUGAAAUUGAGCUGAGCAUUGGGAAUGCCCUUUUCACAACGGACAAAUUCCAAGUGCGACAGGAGAUCCUGGACGAGGCUCGUGAUUUAUUUCAAGCAAAUAUUGUGUCUGCUAAUUUCAAGAACAUUGACGAAGUUGCAGCCCAGAUCAACAGCUACAUAGAGAAGAAAACCCAUGGAAAAUUAGUGGAUGUUGUCAAGGGUCUUGACCCAGAAACUGUGAUGGUUCUUGUAAACUAUGUUUUCCUGAAAGCUUAUUGGGUAAAACCUUUCGAUCCCGAGUCCACCCGGAAGAAGGACUUCUUCGUCAAUAAUGAAACGACAGUGCAAGUGGAUAUGAUGCAGAGAGAUGGCCAUUAUGCUGUUGCUCAUGAUGAAGAGCUGGGCUGCCAAGCAGUGUGGAUCCCUUACCAAGGCAAUGUUACAGCGCUCUUCAUUCUGCCUGAGAAAGGAAAACUGAGCCAGGUGGAACAGGCAAUAGGGCGAGGCCAUCUUGCCAAAUGGUAUCAUUCCUCAAAAUUACAGAGAAUAGAGCUAUCGCUUCCAAAGGUUUCACUGAGGACAAGCUAUGAUCUCAAGGAAAAAAUGAGAGGAUUAGGUGUUACUGAGGCAUUCACAGACCGAGCAGAUCUGUCUGCAUUCACUGGGGAGCCCAAUUUGAAGAUUUCAGAGGCUAUCCAUAAAACCUAUUUGAAUAUCCAUGAGAAUGGCACUGAAGCUGCUGCCACCACUGUCAUUGAAAUGGUCCCUAUGUCUCUCCCCCUUUCAAUUGAAUAUAACAGUCCCUACCUAGUAGUGCUUGCAGAUCACGAGACACGGACCGUCUUAUUCAUGGGGAGAGUCAUGAAUCCUAAUGAACACUAA